GCCCAAGGUACCCCACUGUGGGUUACAUUACAGGGCAGACAACACCUGAGCUAAUCUGCCUGGAAGCCCAUCAUUUGAGAGCUUCAACGAUCACCCACCUGCAGUAACCAUCUUCCAUUCCACACCAAAGCGAAAGACCUGACAAAGCCAUCAAGAUGACGACCCCAACCGCGGCCCGGCACAUUGUCAACUUUAUCACCGGCAAUGCAAACAAGCUGGGAGAGGUCAAAGCCAUCCUAGAGCCUGCUAUCCAGGUCGAAAGCCAGACGCUCGACCUGAUCGAGAUUCAGGGCGCUUCCCUAGAAGAGGUGACCCUCGACAAGUGCCGCCGGGCAGCCGAUCUGAUCCAGGGUCCCGUUUUGGUAGAAGACACCUGCCUCUGCUUCAACGCGCUGAACGGACUGCCGGGGCCGUACAUCAAAUGGUUCCUGACCUCCAUCGGCCACGAAGGCCUCAACAACCUCCUGGCCGCCUACCCUGACAAGUCGGCCAAGGCCGUCUGCACAUUCGCCUACUCGCCCGGUCCGGGCCAUGAGCCUAUUCUGUUUCAGGGGAUUACAGAGGGCAAGAUUGUGCCCGCUAGGGGGCCGUCGAAUUUUGGUUGGGAUCCGAUAUUUGAGUAUGAGGGUAAGACCUAUGCCGAAAUGAGCAAGUCAGAAAAGAACCAGAUUUCGCAUCGCGGCCGGGCGCUGGCAAAGCUCCAGGCGUGGUUCGCCAAGGAGAUGACUUCGUGAUCAAGGGUCGGCCAGUGUUGCACGCAGGGCAUUGAAUCAGUCAAAAUGAAAGGUAGCGACUUCACAUGUUCCUUUGCCUUGUGACUUUCUCAUAUUCAUCGGUAGGUGGUGUAGCUUGUGUGUGCGGUAACCCGCUACCCUACCUAAAUUUAGCCCCUGAACGAGAUCUUCAUGAAGCAUUGUUCUCCUUCCACUGUUUUAACCACUGUUCAAUCC